AUGAGUCCCAUGCAGGCUGUUGUUGCUGCUGCACCUCGUCCUCCACCCCCUCCUUCAGGUCGUGCUCAUCAUGUUCGCAUAGAAAGUCCCAUAUCUCCCCGUCGCCGGGAUCAUGUCCCUCAGCCCCCAUCGUUGACAACAUCCUUGAGCGGUCUCCAGCUCCAGGGAGGUGGUCUAUUUGGUGCCAUGUCGACUCCUACAACCUCAUUGUCCAGUCCCUUUUCUCAGGUCAACCCAUCACCCUACACACCCUACACUUCCUCGCCAGGGGGCGCACUAAGAGGGACAUCGCCAAUGGCGUCAAGACAGUCAGGUGGCUAUACGAGUGCAUACAAUCCUCAGGAAUGGGUACCUGUUGUAAGGUCACCCCAGGUUGGAGCUGCUUCUCUCUCUCAUGUCCAACAGCAAGGUGGGCACACGCGUCAGCAGCAGCAAUCUGAUGACUCUGCAGCCCCACCUCCUUACUCCCCGCCACGACGACAAGACCCACGGUCAAGAGCAGGCUCGAGCCUAGUCAUCUCACCUGCCGAGACCGCAUCUCCUGUACAGUCUCCGUACAAUACUCCCGUCAGUGCCACCACCGGAGUGCCAGCAGAUGUUGCGUAUGCUACCCAGCAAGCUCGAUCUCGCCCAGCCUCCAUGAUAUAUAGCUCUGGUACAGGGAGUAAUGCAUGGCCAUCAGCCCUUCCACCGCCGCCACCCUUGAUAAAUCGUGCUGUGCGUUCGUCUUCGAGUACUGCUGUCGGCAGAACAGACGCAACAGUGACCAUACCAUCCGUGGACAGUCAGGGCAAGUCAGUGGCUUCACCAGUACCCGCUCGUCCUUUGGCAUCGCCCCAACAGGAUUCAGAAAGCACACCCUUUUUUGGAGCACAAGUCAACACGGCAGAAACACUCUUAUUACCGCCAUCGUCUCGAAGAGCUGUAUCUACGAGUGCGAUCGGUCUAGGAGUCUCCUCAAGGACAAGUAGUCGUUCGGCAAGUAAAUCACCCACGCGACAUACCACAUGGGAACCAGGGAUGCCCCUGCCUGGGCCCCCUCCUGGGCCACCACCAUCUUCUUCAAGGUCUCAAAGUGCGAGUGGCGCGUCAGAUAGAUUUUCAAGGCACCUCCUCACCCCAGCUAAUCGACCUAAGACCCGACAAGCACCUCAGACGGGUACUGUGUUAGGUCCAGUGCCUCCAACCCCGGCAGGUUGGAUCGACACAAUGGGUCUUGAAAAUGACUCAGCUACAAGCUCAUCUCGGCCCAGUAGCUCAAUUACGUUUUCACCUGUUGAAAUAUCAAACUGUGCUACACCAUCGUCAUCGCGCUCAGAUACAACCAGCAUGUUUUUCCCAGCUAACACGAAAAGGGCUCCGUCGGCGAAAGGGAUUCGGGAGCGCAGGAGUGAGAGCAGAAGUGCCCGUGAUUGUCAAGCAGACGAAGCCAAUGCGAUCGGUCCUAGCACCAAUCCCUGGGCUGAAGCUAAAGUUGAUGUGACCCCUGCAGAUUUGACACUGCCAGCCGGUGGAAGUGGUCUGAGCCGAAGGAGAACCAUUACGAAGUCGACGCCGAGAACGCGUAGAAGUUCCCGCAGUGCUACGAUGGAUGAGCAAGUCCAUGGCAGUACCUUACCAGACCUGCACGUUGACUCCGCAACUGGAUCUUCUCGCAACACCCCAAGACCGGGUUCGGGACGCCCUCAGAUGUCGAUCGAUGGGUCAAGCCCUACGCCUCCUUUUUCACCUACCGACGGUCUGUCUUCGCCACGAUUGGUCAGAAACACGGCAGGUUCCCUACCUCCUAGAUCUUUACCAACUCCUCCACUUCAACAAGCAAGGUCGCCCAAGUCCUCAUUGAUUCCUCCUUCGAACUUGCAAAUCAGGCCUAUCUCACAUAUAUUACAUAUGCCCAAUGAAGUCGCUGGAAUACCCGCGCCCUUGUCGCCAAGAAGGCCGUCCUCAGCACGCUCGAAUACUACGAGGACCAUCCAUCUAGAUCACGAUAGUUUCGUCCGCGAUUGCCUUGACCGGACGAAAACGUUUCUGGAAAAGGAACAAUAUGCAGAAAGUGACGAGGACAGACUUCAACUUUUCUCCGAAUACAUCCUCGCAGAGUCACGGGUUCGAAGACGGCGCUAUGCCGCCGUUUUUCCUUCCUUUGAUCCUCGCCAAACUCGUGAUAGAUUAUUCGAGCUCAAUAUCCAUGCGCCGCGCAGAUCUAGCGGUCUCCAGGAAACAACUGCCGCCUCUCCAAUUGAACCAUCAUCACCUCACUCCCGAAAUGAGUGCCCAGAGGGUCGGCCAGAGCCUACACGGCCUGAUCAGGGGAGACCAGAUUCCAUGUGGUGGAGUGGAUAUCAGCCUGCCCUCUCACCAAUUGUCAGCAUGUCGAUGAAUGAUGAACAGUCUUCUAGAGGUCGAGCACCGAGUCGGUGGUGGGAAUCGCAGACUGGCUCAGAAGUGGGGGGUGGUACAAGACGGGUAGAACGAUCCAAGCGCGAAUCGAAAUAUAUGGGCCUCCCUUUACAUGAAGUUCAACUCGCAAUGGAAGGUGAAGACUUUCACGAUCCCGAACCUAGCCAAAUCGGCUACGGAGAGAAUGAGUACCCUCCUGAAAAGAUGGGUUUGCAUGAGAUUGAGCCCUCCACCACGCCUGGUAUGCCACCACCGCUUCCAUCACCUUGCGCCGCCCUCGACGUCUCACGCCUGGUUACGCUCCCUCCGCCGUACCCACGCCACUAUCCUGCCGUCCAAAACCAACAUCCGGAUCUUCUCUCCUAUCGAACCCUUGUCCGCACUGUCUCCGACCUCACAGAGCUAACAUCUCGUCGCACCCGCUACAAAGCCAGCAUUGAAGCCCUCUCAAAGGACAACCAGGCCCGCAUCGCCGAGAACCGGCGAAAUUUCAGAACAAACAUCCAAGCCCAGAUCCAAGAAGGCAGCAUCUCCUACGCCGAAGCCGCCGAGGCCGAAGCAGCAAUGAAGAGCGAAGAACAGGCGGCAGAGAAGAGCCGGGUCCAGGCGGAAUUCGACUCCUUCCAGGACGUGGUCCUGAACCCCCUACACGAUCUCCUCAACGACCGUAUCUCCAAAACCACGCACCACAUCACCGAGCUGCAAUCCCAACUCCUCUCCGACGCCCAACUCCACAACCCCAACGCUACCCAAUCUGCGGGCGACGAACGGCCCGAGCUCCUCGAACAAUUGACUCAGCUAAAAUGGCUCUUCGAAGCCCGUGAACAACUCCACCGUGAAGUCUUCGGCCUGCUUACCGAGCGCAACGCAAAAUAUCAAACCAUCGUCACGCUCCCUUACCAGCAAUCAGGCAACAAGGAUAAAAUCCGCGAGACCACCGUCUUCUUUACAAGAGACACCCAAGACCGAACCACCGCCUUCGAAGCCGCCGUCCUGAAGCGGCACGAAUCCUUUCUGUCGGUGAUUGAAGAAAACGUGCUUCGCGGCGUUGAAGCCCAGCUUUCGGCCUUUUGGGACAUCGCACCGGGUUUGCUGGCCAUCUGCCUGAAGAUCCCGGAGCGGAAUCCGCAACAACAACAACAAGACCGUCACGCGACACCGACCAUGGCCGCGGUAGACGGUGUGGGUGGUGGUGGAGGACAAGGGUGGAGUGGGAUCCAGAUCCCACGCGAGGAGAUCCAGGAGAACCCCUCGUACCGCCAGUUCCCGAUGCAGUAUCUCUAUUCGCUGCUCCGCCACGCGGAGAGGAGCGCGUAUCAGUUCAUCGAGAGUCAGGUCAAUCUGCUGUGUCUGUUGCACGAGGUCCGGACCGGGGUCAUGGUCGCCAGGGUCAGGGUGGCCGAGGUGGGGCAGUUGGCCGGCAGAACGGACGAGGAUGCAGCGGCCGCUCUGUUCGAGGAGCAGGUCAAGCGUCAGGCGCAGGAGAGGAGGGAGGUGGAGGAAAGGGCCCUCACGGCGGAUCUGAAGGAUCGUGUGGCCACGGUGGAGGGGCAGUGGACCGAGGCGUUGGGGAGUGCGAUUGCCGGCACGAGGGAGAGGGUUAGGGCCUGGUUGGUGGAGGAGGGGGGUUGGGAUAAGGAGCUGUUGGAGGAUGUGGAGUGA